AUGUCCGAGUAUCUGCAAGACGUAGUGCACUCGCACUCGCUCAGGGACCCCGAGUCGUUCUGGGCAGCACAGGCCUCUCAGUUGCAUUGGCAUAAGCCACCCACGUCAACUCUGAGACAGACCCUUAAGAAAUUGGAGAGCAGCGGCGUCGAACAUCCGCAUUGGAGCUGGUUUGACGGCGGUGAGAUCUCGACAUGUUUCAAUUGCGUCGAUAGACAUGUGCUGUCUGGGAAUGGCGAUAAGCCGGCGGUGUAUUGGGAUAGCCCCGUCACGGGUGCGAAGCAGACGUUUACUUAUGCGCAGCUCCUUGACGAGGUCGAGGUUACUGCCGGUGCUUUAAGGAAUGAGGGUGUCAAGAAGGGGGAUGUGGUCUUGGUUUACAUGCCCAUGAUCCCCGCAGCUUUGAUCGGCAUACUUGCCAUCAAUCGUCUAGGCGCAAUUCACGCAGUGGUGUUUGGUGGUUUCGCACCCGCAUCUCUAGCUCAGCGCAUCGAUGCGUCGCGUCCUGUAGCUAUCCUCACAGCCUCGUGCGGGAUAGAGGGUAACAAACCACCGAUGAGCUACAAGCCCUUUAUCCAAGAAGCCAUUCAGCUAUCAAGUCACAAGCCUCACCGCGUCAUCAUCUGGCAGCGGAAUGAGCUGAGAUGGGACGACUUGGAUAAGACGAGCGGAGAACGGAAUUGGUUCAAGUUGGUUCGUAGCUGCAGGGCGCGGAAUGUCAGAGCACCGUGCGUGCCUGUGGGAGCGAAUGAGGAGGUAUAUAUCAUUUAUACCAGCGGCACAACAGGCUCACCGAAAGGCGUGGUGCGCAGCGCUGGCGGCCACGCCGUCGGCCUGCAUCUUUCCGUAAGCUUCUUGUUCGGGAUCAACAGGCCGGGCGACGUCAUGUUUACAGCCAGCGAUAUCGGGUGGGUAGUUGGACAUUCCUAUAUCAUUUACGGUCCAUUACUCAGGGGGGCUGCAACAGUCCUAUACGAAGGCAAGCCCGUCGGCACACCAGAUAGCUCCGCUUUCUGGCGGAUUGUGCAGGAGUACAACGUCUCAGCUCUAUUCACGGCCCCUACUGCACUCAGGGCAAUCAAGAGGGAUGAUUCGGAAAACAAACAACUCACGCGGAUAGGAGAGCAAGGCGGAUUGCGUAGUUUGAGGGCGAUAUUUUUAGCAGGAGAAAGAUCCGAACCUUCGAUCAUUAUGAUGUAUCAGAAACUUGUCGACAGGUACGGUGCCCCCGGGGCUUUGGUCAUCGAUAAUUGGUGGUCCUCCGAGUCGGGGUCGCCUAUCUCAGGCAUCAGUCUCGCACCACACACAGGACGUGAUAAAAAAAACCAUGGUGGCAGAGGCUCUAGGCUAUCAUAUGUCAAACCCGGUAGUGCCGGUAAGGCUAUGCCGGGGUUUGACGUUAGGUGUGUAGACGACCAAGGCGUUGAAGUCAAGCCUGGCAAGAUGGGAAACAUCGUCUUGGGCAUACCUCUGGCGCCAACUGGGUUUAUGACGUUGUGGAAUGAUGAGGAGAGGUUUUACAGGAGCUAUUUGAAACGAUUUGAUGGGAAAUGGAUCGACACAGGGGAUGCCGGUAUAAUUGACGCUGAGGGUUACAUCAGCAUCAUGAGUCGAAGCGAUGAUUUGAUCAAUACUGCAGGUCAUCGACUUUCGACUGGAUCCAUCGAACAAGCCAUCACGAGUCAUCCAUCGAUAGCCGAGGCUAGCGUCGUUGGGAUACCAGAUUCACUUAAAGGGCAGCUGCCAUUCGCCUUUAUCACCCUCUCGAUCCCAGAUCAUCCUUUGUCAGCUAUCCCUGACGCCCAACUCUUCAGAGAGAUUCAACGGCAUGUACGCAGGCAGAUUGGCGGCAUAGCAACGCUGGGGGGAGUUAUUCAAGGCAAGGGCAUGAUACCUAAAACACGCUCGGGGAAAACGCUGCGCAGAGUCUUGAGAGAGCUCGUAGAGAACGCUGUACAUGGUGAUUACGAGAAAGACGUGCAGUAUCCAGCCACAAUCGAGGACCCAGCCGUCAUCAGCGUGGCGAGAAGAAAAGUGGCCGAGUACUUCCAAGAACGAGGUGACACACACAAAGCCAUCGAAGCCAGAGCGAAGCUGUAA